CACAGCGGUGCAAAGUGGUUUCCUCUUGUAAAUUGCAGGAUCAGCCAUGUGUUUUUCCUAUUUUGGACAUAAAUUCAUUUGCAAGUCAGACCUAAGGGGUUUCCGAUUUCUUCGUUGGACCGUGCUAGUUCCUCUUGUCAUCUACUUGUGCCUGCUCUUCGUCAAGUACCGUAGAAACGUGCCCCUCAAGAGUCUUACGUCCACCACAACCGAGCGAGAUAAUGAAGGAUCCAUGAUAGAGAAUCUGUUCGUGGAACUGGAGGCGGUAACGGCUAACAGAAGGGACGUAGAUCGUUAUAGGGACAUCGAUCAGAACAUCAAGGAGGUGGAGGAGGCAGAGAACCAAGAGAACCCGCGGACAUUGCUUGAAGAUAUAUUUCAAAGGGCCGACACUGAUCAGGAUCAGCUUCUGGAUAUUCAGGAGUUGGCCAGGUGGAUACACAGCAAGAUCACAGAGCACAUUAGUCGUGCAAUGAGAGAGAACGUUGGCCUGUUUACCGCCAUUGAUAAUAAUCCACGAAAUGGCGAAGUCUCAUGGGAAGAAUAUCACGCGUACUUUCUCAGAUCCCACGGAUUUCCCGAGAGUUAUGUGAGUUCGCAUGACAAGAAGCACAGCGACAUGUCUCGUACGUUGAAGGAGAGUAUCAUGAGAGAUAGAGCUAGAUGGGCGGAAGCAGCCAGAAACGAUCCGGAGAGACUGGCUUUGGAUGAGUUCCUAGCUUUCACACAUCCUGAGAGUAGUCACAGGGCCCUGCUGCAAAUGGUGGAGGAUUUGUUUGAGAAAUUUGACCGUGAUGGGGAUGAACAGCUGACAGAAGAUGAAUUCUCUGAUUUACCCUCUGAAGGGAUGGGCCUAGAUCUGAAGGAAGACAAGCAUGAAGCAAUUGGGGGGAGUGAAGACAGACGUAAGGAGUUUAAACACCUUAUUGACAAGAACAAAAGUGGGAAAGCUGAUCGAACAGAACUUCUGAUGUACAUAGAUCCAAGAAAUCCAAGGCAUGCCAUACAGGAAGCUCAACAUUUAAUUAAUGUGUCAGACAUUGAUCUUGAUGGGAAAUUGAAUUUGUCAGAGAUCUUGAGCAAAAUGGACCUGUUCUUGGGCAGCAAGAUGGUAGACACUGAAAAAAGUUUCCACGACGAGUUUUAG